CUUCACGCCAUGUGACCGUUUCUCUCUGUUUCCUCCCCCUCCAGCCUCCUCUCAUCCAGGCGAUCUUCAGCAGAGACCCUGAAGAGAUCCGAAUGCUCAUUUACAAAUCCGAGGACAUCAAUGCGUUGGAUUCUGAGAAACGCACCCCGCUGCAUGCAGCAGCAUUCCUGGGCGAUGCUGAGAUCAUCGAACUCCUCAUCCUCUCUGGGGCCAGAGUCAACGCCAAAGACAACAUGUGGCUGACCCCUCUGCACCGCGCCGUGGCUUCCCGCAGCGAGGACGCUGUGCGGGUUCUGAUCCGCCACUCUGCGGACGUCAACGCGCGGGACAAGAACUGGCAGACGCCGCUGCACGUCGCCGCCGCCAACAACGCCCUGCGAUGCGCCGAGGUCAUCAUCCCUCUGCUGAGCAGCGUGAACGUGUCGGACCGCGGCGGGCGGACCGCGCUGCACCACGCUGCCCUCAACGGCCACACUGAGAUGGUGAACCUUCUGCUCGAUAAAGGAGCCAACAUCAACGCCUUCGACAAGAAGGACGGCCGCGCGCUGCACUGGGCGGCUUUCAUGGGUCAUUUGGAGGUAGUGUGCCAGCUGCAGGGUAAGGGAGCGGAGGUCAGCUGCAAGGAUAAACGAGGAUACACGCCUCUCCACGCCGCCGCCUCCAGCGGACAGCUGGCUGUGGUCAAACACCUCCUCACCCUGCCUGUAGAGAUAGACGAGGCCAACGCGUUCGGGAACACGGCGCUGCACGUGGCCUGCUUCAACGGCCAGGACGCCGUCGUCAACGAGCUCAUCGAUCACGGCGCCAACGUCAGCCAACCCAACAACAAAGGUUUCACGCCUCUGCACUUCGCUGCUGCCUCCACCCACGGAGCGCUCUGUCUGGAGUCCCUGGUCAUCAACGGGGCCGACGUUAACGUUCAGAGUCGAGACGGAAAGAGUCCUCUUCACAUGACGGCGGUCCACGGACGUUUCACCCGCUCCCAGACCCUCAUCCAGAACGGAGGAGAGAUCGACAGCGUGGACAAGGACGGCAACACCCCGCUUCACGUCGCCGCCCGCUACGGUCACGAGCUCCUCAUCAACACCCUCAUCACAAGCGGAGCCGACUGCACACGUCGGGGAGUCCAUGGGAUGUUUCCUUUACACAUGGCGGCCUUGAACGCUCACUCUGACUGCUGCAGGAAGCUGCUGUCCUCAGGCUUCCAGAUCGACACCCCGGACAGCCUGGGGAGAACAUGCCUUCAUGCAGCUGCUGCAGGAGGAAAUGUGGACUGUGUCAAACUGCUGCUGAGCAGCGGCGGAGAACACAACCGGAGAGACAAAUGUGGCAGGACUCCCCUUCAUUACGCCGCCGCCAGCCGCCACUUCCAGUGUCUGGAGACGCUGGUGGCGUGCGGCAUUGACAUCAAUGCCAUGGAUCAGUGGGGGCGCUCCGCUCUGCAUUACGCCGCCGCCUCAGACCUGGACAGGAGGGAUUCAUGUUGCUGUUUCUGUGACCUGCAGCUGCUGAACAGAGAUGACGACCAUCCAGAGGAUCCUGGAUCUCCUCACGCCAGGAGCCCGCUGCACCUCGCCGCGUACCACGGCCACGCCCAGGCUCUGGAGGUGCUGCUGCAGGGGGACGCAGACGUGGAUCAGGCAGAUGAGGCGGGGAGGACCCCUCUGGCCCUGGCCGCCCUGCGGGGCCACACCGACUGCGUUCACACGCUCCUCAGCCAGGGGGCGUCGCCGCACGCCACCGAUCGGCAGUACGGCCGCUCACCUGUGCACCUGGCAGUGAUGAACGGUCAUACCACGUGUGUGCGCCUCCUGCUGGAUGAGUCGGACGGAGCGGAGCUCAUCGACGCUGCGGACUCCCAGGGACAGACUCCUCUGAUGCUGGCGGCGGCUGGCGGUCAUGUGGACGCCGUGUCGCUGCUGCUGGAGAGGGAAGCCAACGUGAACCAGGCGGACAGCCACGGCCUCACGGCGCUGCACCUCGGGCUGCUGUGUGGUCAGGAGGAGUGCAUCCAGUGCCUGCUGGAGCAGGAGGCGUCCGUGCUGCUCGGAGACGCUCGGGGACGCACGGCCAUCCACCUGGCCGCCGCUCGGGGACACGCCUCCUGGCUGAGCGAGCUCCUGAGCAUCGCCUGCUCAGAGUCGCCGUCUCUGCCGCCACUGAUGGACGUCAGCGGAUACACACCUCUGCACUGGGCCUGCUACUACGGCCAUGAAGGGUGUGUGGAGGUCCUGCUGGAGCAGAAAGGCUGCCGCUGCAUCGAUGGGAACCCUUUCACUCCUCUGCAUUGUGCAGCGUUGAACGACCAUGAAGCGUGUGCGUCGCUGCUUCUGGAGGCCAUGGGAUCAGACAUAGCCGGCUGCAGCGAUGCGAAGGGCAGGACUCCUCUCCACGCUGCAGCGUUCAACGGACACGUAGACUGCAUCCAGCUGCUUCUCUCCCAUGAUGCACCUGUAGACACUGUGGACCAGUCGGGCCGUUCGGCGCUGAUGAUGGCGGCAGAGAAAGGCCGGGCCGAAGCUCUCGAUGUGCUGCUGACCGGCGCCAAUGCAGACCUCAGCCUUACGGACAAAGAAGGAAACACGGCGCUGCACCUGGCCUGCAGUAACGGGAAAGAAGACUGUGUGUUGCUGAUCAUAGAGAAGCUGUCCGACGCGACGCUCAUCAAUGCCACAAACGCCGCUCUGCAAACGCCGCUGCACCUGGCGGCGCGUAGCGGCCUGAAGAAGGCGGUCCAGGAGCUGCUGUCCAGAGGAGCCAACGUUCAGACGGUGGAUGAGAACGGUCUGACCCCUGCUCUGGCUUGUGCUCCUAGCAGAGAGGUGGCUGACUGUCUGGCUCUCAUUCUGGCUACCAUGAUGCCUUUCUGCUCCCCUUGCAGCUCCGGAGCUCCCUCCCCAGGCUCCCUGCUGAGGCAGCUGCCUCGCCGGGGGGGUAAAGGCGUGAACGCCGGCCCGCGGGGACCACGCAGCCCCAGGAACCCCUCGGGACCUUCCAGCGAGGGAACUACUGAGAACGACUCAGAAGACUCUGAAACCUUUUGACGGAUCUCUGAUCGGACUCCAGCUUCUUACCUCAGACUUUUUAUUUUUAAUUUUUUUUGGAGAAGGAUGUUUCUGAUUUUAAUGAUGGAGCUCCAAGGGUUUCAGCAACAAACAAUGAAGCAAAUUUUACUAUCAUAUAUUAUUACAAAAAAAUCUAAAAUGAUCUCAGAAGUUAAUUCCUAAUUUAUUCUCUUAUUAAUUUAUAAGAUGUCUCUCUGCUUUUCUACUCAAUCAUACUCGUCUGAAUUUCUUACAAACUAAACUUUUCUGUGGAACGUUGUGGUCGUUUCAUCCUGCAGACUUU